AUGUUCGCCGUGAUGCAAAUCGACGAGGAUCAUACACGGGAUUUCAGGCGUAAACUGCGCCCCAAGUGUGAAUUCGUCUGCAAGUACUGCCAGCGCAGAUUCACCAAGUCCUACAACUUGAUGAUACACGAGCGCACCCACAAGAGCCCGGAGCUGACCUUCAGCUGCGAGGUCUGUGGGAAAAGUUUCAAGCGGCAGGAUAACUUGCGUCAACACAGAUGUAGUCAAUGCUUGUGGCGGUGA